CUUCGCCCUCAUUACUACUCCGCCUCCUACACACCCGAGCCACGGUACGGGCUAGUGCUCCGCCGCGGCGAUCUCUCUCUCCAUGGCCUCGCGAACCCUAGCCGGCGGCGGCGGUGGCGGCGCGGCGUUCCUCUGAGCGGCUCCGAUCCGGGACGGAGGGUGGGAGGCGGGGGAGGCUCCAUGAACCCGCUCUGCUGCAUCGCGCCGGUCUCGCUCGACAGCGCCGUCGAGCUGCAGCAGCAGCAGCCGCCGCGCAUCCUCGCCGCGGCGGCGGCGGCGCCGACGGCGCCGACGCCGGCGGCGGUUGUGCAGGAGACGCUGGAUGCGGCGCAGGCGGUUGCGGGGGUGCUGCACAAGUGGGUGAACUACGGGAAGGGGUGGCGGCUGAGGUGGUUCGUGCUCGAGGGCGGGGUGCUCUCUUACUACAAGCUUCGCGUCGGAGGGGGUGGGGAGUCGGUGUCGCUGGCGGCGGCGAGGGUGAUCGGGGAGGGUGGCGCGCUGCGGCGGGCGCGGGAGGAGGCCGCGGCGGCGGGGAAGCAGUGGAAGCCGUUCGGGGAGAUACACCUCAAGGUUUCGUCAAUCCGCGCAAGCAAGUCAGAUGAUAAGAGGUUGUAUAUAUUCAGUGGAACCAAGACAUUACACUUACGGUGUGAAACUGAGGAGGACAGGAAUGCUUGGAUAGAGGCUCUGCAAGCGGCAAAGGAUCGCUUCCCACGGACACUAACGAGCAAUGAUUUUAGUUCCAUUUCGGAUGUUUUGUUGUCCACGGAGAAACUGAGGGUGAGGCUGCUGCAGGAGGGGCUGAAUGAAACAGUGGUCAAGGAGUGUGAGUCUAUUAUGAUGACUGAGCUUCUGGAAGUGCACAACCAGAUGAUGUCACAGCGGCAGCAGUAUUCUAUUUUGGUAGACCGGCUCCGACAACUGGAGACAGAGAAAGUUGAGCUGGAGAGAACUGUUGUUCAUGAAACUAAGGAGAGGGAAACAUAUGGAUAUGCUAACGGCAGAUACAGUGAUUUUUAUUCAGUUUUAUCAGGAGGGAGUGCAAGCGAAUCUGAUCCAGACACUGCAAGUCAAGUUGCAGAUGCUGAAACUGAUGAAGAUGAAGUGAUGUACUUUGAUACAAGAGACUUCUUGUCUGUGGAGUCUCUACGAAGUGUUUCAUGUCGAAGGAGAGAACUUUUGGCAAAUGGCUGCAAUGGAUUAGAACAUUUAGACCCUGCUGCAAAUGCUGUCAAAUCUACUCAGUAUCCCUCUAUUAAACGUCGAGAUAAGUUACCAGAGCCAAAAGAAAAAGAAAGCCCUGUAGGAUUAUGGUCAAUAAUUAAAGAAAAUAUAGGAAAAGAUCUCUCAGGUGUUUGUUUACCUGUUUAUUUUAACGAGCCACUGUCCUCUUUGCAAAAAUGUUUCGAAGAUCUUGAGUACUCUUACUUGGUUGAUCAUGCUCUGCAGUGGGGAAAACAGGGCGAUAGCUUGAUGAGGACACUUCAUGUUGCGGCAUUUGCAGUAUCAGGCUAUGCUUCAACUGAAGGUCGGCAAUGCAAACCCUUCAAUCCUUUACUGGGUGAAACAUAUGAAGCUGAUUAUCCAGAUAAAGGACUUCGAUUUUUCUCUGAAAAGGUCAGUCAUCACCCAAUGGUUGUUGCAUGUCACUGUGAAGGAAGAGGCUGGAAGUUUUGGGGAGAUUCAAAUCUGAAAGGGAAAUUUUGGGGUCGAUCAAUUCAGCUUGAUCCUAUUGGUGUUCUAACCCUCCAGUUUGAUGAUGGGGAAACCUUUCAAUGGAGUAAAGUGACUACUUCCAUAUACAAUAUCAUAAUAGGCAAAAUUUAUUGUGACCACUAUGGCACAAUGCGCAUCAAAGGAAGUGGUGACUACUCUUGCAAGCUUAAAUUCAAAGAGCAGUCAAUAAUUGAUCGAAACCCACACCAGGUACAUGGAUUUGUGCAAGAUAAUAGAACAGGGCAGAAAGUUGCUAUGUUUAUCGGAAAGUGGGAUGAAGCUAUGUAUUAUGUGCUUGGGGAUCCAAGUACAAAACCCAAGGGGUAUGACCCAAUGACAGAUGCAGUUCUUUUGUGGGAGAGGGACAAAUCUCUGAACCAAACACGAUACAAUCUUUCUCCUUUUGCAAUUUCUCUAAAUGAAUUGACACCUCACCUGUCAAAGAAGUUGCCUCCUACUGAUUCUCGUCUGAGGCCUGAUCAAAGGCAUCUUGAAAAUGGUGAAUAUGAGAUGGCUAAUGCAGAGAAACUUAGGCUUGAACAACUGCAGCGACAGGCCCGAAAGUUACAAGAGAAAGGAUGGCAACCCAGGUGGUUUAGGAAGGAUGAUGACGACAGCUACCGCUACAUCGGUGGUUACUGGGAAGCAAGGGAGAAGGGGAACUGGAAUGGGAUUCCAGACAUCUUCGGUCAGCGCAGCGCAUCACCUAGUGUACUGGAUUCAGAGAGCAGAGAUGUACUGGUAAACACACAGCGAGAUUACGUUUGUAGGAAUUCGGACACCAGGUAGGUUAUUAAUCAGAAAGCUUGAGUAUAAUUUUAUUGUC